UCACCGGGUGGAGCUUGUGAACGUGGGAACGUUUGUGGGUUGCUGCGGGUCUGGAGUAAUACUUGUUUGACAGGAACGUGAGGCGGCCUCAGCACAGGGAUUGAAAACAGAAGUUAGUAACAGUGUGUCUGUGGCAGUUAGCGAGGCAGACUCGAGAGCUAUAAAUGAUUUGUACGAGUCUAAGCAACAGGGCACAGAGCGAAAUGUCAGGGACUGUUUCAGCCUUGAGCAAAGGGAAGCGCGACUAGUACACCGCAACGCGGAAAAUAUUCAUCAGGGGGAGAGAAUGCGAAUGGUGCGAAGAUGCCGAAAUCAAACAAAAUGGAAACGAUGUAGCGUCGCUGCGGCAUUUCAUAUAGCUAGAACUAACGUUAGAGUAGAGAAUAGAUAGCUAAGGAGCUAGCAGGUUAACUAACAUACAUGUAAAGUUAUUCCCCGGAGAAGCUGAAGCAGAGCCCGGAGGCGUGUGUUGAAUAAGAAGAGUUCAUCAGUGUUGCGAAAUCAAAGAAGAUAAAAACAAGAAGAUGCUACGGAGAAGACUGAACCGUUUGCUUGGCGGCGAUGAAAGAAGAGUAGACAGUAGGACUAUCUAUGUUGGUCAUCGGUCAUCUUCUACCACUGAGGCUUUCAUCCCACCCAAGUUCUGUGAUAACAGGAUUGUGUCCUCCAAGUAUACAGUUUGGAACUUUCUACCAAAGAACCUGUUUGAGCAGUUUAGAAGAAUUGCCAAUUUCUACUUCCUUAUCAUCUUCCUGGUGCAGGUGAUAGUGGACACCCCCACCAGCCCAGUCACCAGUGGCCUACCCUUAUUUUUUGUGAUUACAGUAACCGCUAUCAAGCAGGGCUAUGAGGACUGGCUACGGCACAAGGCUGACAAUGAGGUGAAUAAGUACCCAGUGACCGUGCUAGAGCAAGGCCGGAAGAUACGGAAGGAGAGUGAGAAGAUCAAGGUUGGAGAUGUUGUUGAGGUGGAGGAAGAUGAGACCUUUCCCUGUGAUUUAAUACUGCUGCAGUCUAGCCGAGAUGACGACACAUGUUUCGUUACCACAGCAAGUCUGGAUGGAGAGUCCAACCAUAAGACACACUACACAGUGCCAGACACGGAGAAGGAUCUGGAAUCUCUCAACGCCACCAUCGAGUGUGAACAGCCACAGCCUGACCUUUACAAGUUUGUCGGCCGUAUGCACAUCUACAAAAAUGAACAGGAGCCUGCAGUAAGGUCUUUGGGCCCAGAAAACCUCCUGCUGAAAGGGGCAACUUUAAAGAACACUCAGAAAAUCUGUGGUGUUGCAGUUUAUACUGGCAUGGAGACAAAGAUGGCUCUCAACUACCAGGGCAAGUCUCAGAAACGCUCUGCUGUGGAGAAGUCUAUCAAUGCCUUCCUUCUGGUUUACCUUUGCAUAUUGGUGAGCAAGGCCCUAGUGUGCACUACUCUUAAGUAUGUGUGGCAAAGCAAGCCCGGGCAGGAUGAGCCCUGGUACAACGAGAAAACCCAGAGAGAGAAGGACACCAAUCUGUACCUAAAGAUGUUCACUGACUUCCUGUCCUUCAUGGUGCUCUUCAACUUCAUCAUUCCGGUGUCCAUGUAUGUGACGGUUGAGAUGCAGAAGUUUUUGGGAUCCUUUUUCAUCACAUGGGACAAGGACUUCUUUGACCCUGAAAUCAAGGAGGGAGCACUGGUCAACACUUCAGACCUCAAUGAGGAGCUGGGACAGGUGGAGUAUGUCUUUACAGACAAGACGGGCACGCUCACUCAGAACAACAUGGAGUUCAUAGAGUGCUGCAUUGACGGCUUUCAGUACAAGUACCGGGACGCAAACUCAGAGUUGGACGGAUUCUGUGUCACAGAUGGACCUGUGAACAAAGUGCAGGAGAAAGCUGGCAGGGAGAGGGAAGAGCUGUUUCUGCGUGCCCUGUGUCUGUGCCACACAGUCCAGGUGAAGGAGUCUACUAAGCAGAGCCAAGGGGACGGACUGAUAGACCAGGUGGAUGGCUUUGGGGUGGAUGGAGAGGUGCCCCGUCCACCGCAGGAGCAGAGAGGCUUUAUCGCCUCCUCCCCUGAUGAGGUUGCUCUGGUCAAGGGUGCCAUGAGGUAUGGCUUCACAUUUCUGGGUCUCGAAAGUAAAACCAUGAAAAUUCUCACCAGGAACAAUGAUGUUGAAAUGUAUGAACUGCUUCACGUGUUGAACUUUGACCCAGUGAGAAGGCGAAUGAGUGUAAUAGUCAGAUCCAAAUCAGGUGAUACGUUGCUCUUCUGUAAGGGAGCGGACUCUUCCAUCUUUCCUCGAGUCAGACAGGAGGAGGUUGAACGGAUACGCAUGAAUGUGGAGCGUAAUGCAACAGAGGGCUACCGGACGCUAUGUGUGGCCUACAAAUAUCUCAGUGCAGAAGAGUACGCCCAGGCAGAUGCAGGAUUGAGGGAAGCUAGACUGGCUCUGCAGGACAGAGAGGAGCAGCUCAUUACUAUUUACAACCAAGUGGAGACUGGCAUGAGUCUAAUAGGAGCUACUGCUGUAGAAGAUCGGCUUCAAGAGGAGGCAGCAGAGACCAUGGAGGCUCUGCAGGGUGCAGGCAUUAAAGUUUGGGUCCUAACAGGGGACAAGAUGGAGACAGCAAAGUCCACCUGUUAUGCUUGUAGGUUGUUCCAGAGAAAUACUGAGCUGUUGGAGCUGACAGUGCGUACUUUGGAUGAUGGAGGGAGGAGGCGGGAGGAACGACUGCAUGAGCUCUUGCUUGAAUAUCACAAGAAAGCUGUACAGGAUGCACCACCGGUUAAGGCCGGCGUCACCAGGACCUGGUCUUCAGCAACCCAGGACUAUGGUUUCAUCAUAGAUGGAGCCACUCUAUCGAUGGUGCUCAACUCCUCCUCUGAAUCCAACUCGAGUCGCUACAAGAACCUGUUCCUGCAGAUAUGUCAAAACUGCGCAUCUGUGCUCUGCUGCCGCAUGGCUCCUCUACAAAAGGCACAGAUAGUUAAAAUGGUGAAGAAUUCUAAAGGCAGCCCAAUCACCCUUUCCAUUGGAGAUGGUGCCAAUGAUGUCAGCAUGAUUUUGGAAGCUCACGUUGGCAUUGGUAUUAAGGGUAAAGAGGGUCGGCAGGCAGUGAGGAACAGUGAUUAUGCCAUCCCCAAACUCAAGCACCUCAAGAAACUUUUGUUGGCUCAUGGGCAUCUCUACUAUGUUCGCAUUGCACACCUGGUGCAAUAUUUCUUUUACAAGAACCUUUGCUUCAUCUUACCUCAGUUUUUGUACCAGUUCUUUUGUGGCUAUUCCCAGCAACCCCUGUAUGAUGCGGCCUAUCUGACGAUGUACAACAUCUGCUUCACCUCUAUGCCCAUCCUGGCUUACAGUCUCUUGGAGCAGCACAUCUGCAUGGAGGUUCUGCUGGACAAUUCUACCCUCUACAGAGAGAUUGCUAAGAACGCCAUGUUACGGUGGGGACCAUUCCUCUACUGGACUCUACUUGGAGUCUUUCAUGGCUUGCUCUUCUUCUUUGGUGUUCGAUAUUUGUUCAGUAACCCAGCACUGCAGGAUAAUGGCCAGGUUUUUGGCAACUGGUCAUAUGGAACAAUUGUCUUCACCGUCCUCGUCUUCACUGUCACACUAAAGCUCGCUCUGGACACGCGGCACUGGACAUGGAUCAACCACUUUGUAAUCUGGGGCUCCCUGGCUUUCUACAUGUUUUUCAGCUUCUUCUGGGGAGGAAUAAUAUGGCCUUUCCUGAAGCAGCAACGUUUGUACUUUGUGUUUGCCAACAUGCUGAGCUCAGUGUCAGCCUGGCUGGUCAUCAUCUUACUCAUCCUGCUCAGCCUACUACCAGAGAUCCUGCUUGUGGUGUUCCGCAAGCCCCGUGGGCCCCACGCUCGACAGAAGAAGCCGGUUCAGUCGAGCAUGGGGGGCAACCAGUCUCCCCGGUCUUCAGCCAGGCCCCUGCUUAUGAGAACCUUUUCAGAUGAGUCCAAUACUGUCAUUUAAACAGCUGUCAGAGGGUGGCCUCCUACAAACAUCCAGAUUGCAGCGGUCACACCACUAUCCUACAAGCACCUGAAGGAGCGUGAAUAAAAGGUGGCAAGGACUCCCAACAAUGGUGGCAUCAGCCACUUUCAGGGUCCUGUACCAGUCAGGUCCGAGCCGUCUGCCAUCAUGCCUGAUCUGAGAAGUGGAGGAGAAGAGAAGGAGGAACAAAAUGAGAAGAAAAAGAGAGAUGUGCUAACUGAGGGGGAAGGGAUAAAAAGGGGUUUAUCAGUCUUUUGACUAGCGUCUCUGCUCCGUCCUUUUUUUUUUUUUGCCCAAUCCCAACAGCUCCCAACCCCCCAACGCAUGCCUGCAGAGCAGUGCCCUGCAUUAUUAUUUUUUAAAUAUCUACUCAGAUGACUGGCAUGAGUUUUCUUUCUUUUACUUCUUUUUUUUUUUUUAAUACUAGCUUACAAAUGAAUGCAUACACGGCUGCCUUGUCAGUAGCUCUAUCGAACUGCUGUGUUUUAACAAGCAGUUGUAAUAGUAUCCAGUCCAAGAAUGGUUCACCUGCAUGAAAGAAGGCUCAAAAGAACGCUUCACUCCACUGAUGUUCAGUCACUGUAUUCUGCAAAGUUUUGGAUUAAGAAAUGACGAUCUCAAACUCUCCAACGGUUAUUCUACUUUACAGUUAUUGCGCUUUUCAACGGGUAUUCUUUAAAUGGUUAUAUCAGGAAAUGCACUCAUCCACGGGUCCAAGUGAUUCUAGAUGAAAAGUUACUGAAGGUGAUUUCAGACUGUUGAAAUCUCCAAAACUGAAUGCUUUUCUGGUUUAUAGAUGAUUUUAUGAUUAUAUGUUUCCAAAAUGAUGAAUCUGCAUUCUCUACUGCAGUGUUUCUCAAAUGGGGGUUUACAUACUUUUAGGAGUACAGCAGGGGGUACUUGAGUUUUUUUUCUAAAUGUUACAAUAUUGUUGUUUGGUAAAUUAGACACUAAUAUGGCACAUCGCUGUAUUGUGCCUCUUAAUAUCUAGGCAUUUCUUUUCUACCAAAAAUGUUUUAUGCUGGUCAGGGGGUACUUACAUUUCAAAGGGGGUACAUUGAUGAAAGAAAUUUGAGAACCACUGCUCUAUUGAAUGAAGAUGUAUGUAGGCCAUAUUAACACUCAAUCCAAAAAGUGUGUGUGUGUAUGCAAGAUUGAGAGAUAGAUUAGAGAUGUUAAGCAAUGAAACAUUGCUCGGAGCACGACCUAAAUCUUCCAACCUCAGAGAUAAUUUAAGAUGAGUAAGUUAAUAUAUGUGUAUAUAUAGCUUAGAGACAUACGAUAGCAUCUGCUCAAAGCCAAAAAAGAUGAACGUAAUGCGAUCUGAUUCUGUCCACACUAGUGUGACCUUAAAGUGACAAGUCUGUGUGUGUGUGUGUGUGUGUGUGUGUGUGUCUCUGUGUGUUAUAUAAGUGCGUGCUGGAUGAGAAAAGCCAGAAUUGCCUGUGUGUCAAGAAAACCAGGAUUACUUAAACCUUGUGAUGUAGUUGGCUUAGACAUUUCCUGCACUAUUAAGGUAGCUGGUUUCUUCAUUGCGUAGAGGGUCAUUAAGGCACAUGAAUAUAUGCCUGAGCACACGCACACAUCAGAUAGAAGAGAACAACACACACAAGAAACACACCUUGUACACAUGAAUGCGCACAUGCACUAAAGCCUAAAUUAAGUAUUUAUUUUCGUUACCCAUUAUCUGCGGUAGUUUUGCAUUUGUUUCAGGCAGGCUGAAGUUGACGUGUAAAGAAAAUUAACUCCAGACCUGCAGAGUUAACAUAGUUAAUGCCACUGUAAGGCUCCAUGCUCCAUCUCCUUCCUUCUGUUUUUGGUCAAAUUUGCUGACCGACAGGAUGACGGAGUGGACUGGUUUGGCCUUUUGUUCCUUCCUUUAACUUCUUCUUGUGUGCGUCACACAUUCCAUUUAAACAUGCCAUGGUUUCAAACACUUUCCAAAUACUGUUUUUGUUUUCUGUUUUUAUUUUUCCAGAAACAUGUAUUGUCUAUUUGGCAUAUUUAUUGUUAAGUGUACUUUUACUCACAAAUGCUACUUUUAUGACAUAAAUCUUUUUUUUUUUUAUUGUGGAGUGGUCAGCUUUGUGCCAGUUGAGUUAGUCUGUGUUAAUCCAGCCCUGAUGUGAGCCUGUGCCAAUCUUGUUUAAUAGUCUUUGUCAUACAUGCAAAGACAGGCAGCCACACACACACACACACUCCCAGUUUCACAGUCAACCUCUGAACCAAUACCACUCCUUUUACCAGGUUAUUGUAACUCUUUGUUUAAACUGAUGAGUACCUUCAUAAUCUGUCAAUAUCUUGAUUUUAUAGUUAACUACUUCACUGAUCCUGGCUGAAACAAUAACUCCGGUACUUUCUAGUACUGGCCUUGUAUUUCACCCUACUGACUGUAGCCUGACAUAUCUGAUGCAAUGCAUCUACAGAAUGGCACUCAAACGCCAAAUGGAGAUUUGAAAAAUAAGUUGAUGUUGAUUUAUUCGUAACAAAUGGAAAAAUGUACAUGCCUUUCAGUGUCAUUUUCUACUAAGACAGCUUGUUUUUCUGAUGUAAGGAAUAUGAAGGAGGCUGUUCUUUACUCUGUGACAAGUCACCUCCAGACUGCACUGUGCCAGAGACACCGGAUGUUAGAGGACACACUGAAAGGGGCUGCCUGCUUUGUUAAAAAAUGUAAAAACCUUUAAGUGACAUCAGAGAUGCUAUUUUCAGAGCUAAAAAAAAUAUCUUGAAAUCUUAACAUUUGCCUGUCUAAAUAAAAAGUAUAAAAUAAUGGAUUGUAUUUUUAAUGCAACCUUUUUCCAGCCACUUUUGUAAUAAAAUCAAAAUGUCCACACAAAAAAAAAGCACGAGAGGCUCUGUGGCUGUGGACGCUGUCCCUGUCUGUGAGGGGUGGAGGUGGACAUCUUCAGGCACCUCAGCAGCCCUGCAUCAUGCAGCAGGGACACCUCGCCACCUCCAGCCCUUUGGGUCUCCAGCCUCAACACUCCAAACCUCUAAGCUGAAUGUACCUCUUUGAAACUAGUAUGUUCAAAACCUGAAGAUUUUCUGUAAUAAAGCAGAAUGUUUUAAAGAUAAA